ACUUUUUUAAUAUUUACAUUUUUUAGAUAUACAUGAAAUAUAUAUAAAAAAACUAAAAAUAAAUUAAAUUUCAAUAUUUAUCUGAAAUUAAAAUAGUUUUAUGUAUACAUAACGUUGAUUUCUCUAAGUUAUGAUAUGAGUAAGAGGGGCGUGAUGUCACGCGCUGUUUGCGAUCACGUGACAACGAGCUUAUUUGUUUUUUCAUAAUUUAAACAAUAUUUUAAAUAUAAUAAAAAAAAGGUGUGAUUACAAGUAAUAUAAUAAACAAUACCAGAUGUUUUUUACGAGUACUGUGAUCACAACGCUUUCUAAAACUAUUUCGCUUAAUGAGCGAUUUCAAUAUUUGAGCGUAACAUGUAUUCAAACUCAAUGAGAACCUUCCUUUCAGUUUAAAAUGGUUGUAAAUCUUACAUAAUAUAAAAAACUAAUGAAUAUUUAUAUUGUCUUUUCCAGACACGUCCAAUACAUCUAUGACGCGCUGUGAAAUCUGUAAUUGACAAACAACAAAUUAAAAAUAACCGAAGAUGUCUUCGAAAGCCAUAUACGAAGCCACUGGCAAAGAUCUCAUCAACAGGCACUUAGCGUCAGGCACUGCGUUGGCGCCGUGCCGGUUCGCAACAUUCGAACAGGGGACCGUAUGGGAAGAUGAGCUCGGCAAGAACCCAUGGCUUUCAAAGGAGCAACUGGUUGUGAAACCCGAUCAGCUGAUCAAGCGGCGCGGCAAACUGGGAUUAGUGGGCGUGAACAAGACCGCGGCUGACGUGAGGAGAUGGCUCGGCGAGCACAUGGGCAAGGAGCAGCAAGUGGGCGCCGCCACAGGCAAGCUGAGGCACUUCAUCAUUGAACCGUUCGUGAAACAUGAGCCGAAUGAAGAGAUGUACAUCUGUAUACAGUCCGGUCGUCGGUCAGACACUAUCUUGUUCCAUCAUCAGGGCGGUGUAGACGUUGGUGAUGUGGACGCUCUUGCCGUACGCCUCGAGGUGCCGGUGGAUACUUUUCCUACUGGUGAAGAUGUAGAACGCGUCCUACUUAAAAAUGUCAAGUCGGCCUCAGUCAAAAGGAUUCUAACCACCUUCAUAGUGGCUCUGUACCGUGUGUACGUCGACCUUUAUUUCACGUACAUGGAGAUCAACCCCAUUGUGGUGACGAACGAACGCAUAUACCUGCUCGAUUUAGCGGCUAAAUUGGAUCAGACCGCUGAUUUUAUAUGCGCCAAAGCUUGGGGCUCGGUCACAUUUCCACCACCCUUCGGAAGAGAUGCUUAUCCGGAAGAAGCUCAUAUAGCAGAUUUGGACGCUAAAAGCGGUGCUAGUCUUAAGCUAACAGUACUGAACAAAUCCGGUCGCAUUUGGACGAUGGUCGCCGGUGGGGGCGCCUCUGUAGUGUACACGGACACCAUAUGCGAACUGGGAGGGGCCGGCGAACUCGCCAACUACGGCGAAUAUUCCGGCGCACCCACUGAGGGUCAGACUGCUGAUUACGCCAAGACUAUAUUCAGUCUUAUGUGCAGGGAGAAACAUGCCAAUGGGAAGGUGCUGAUCAUCGGUGGUGGUAUAGCCAAUUUCACCAACGUUGCGGACACGUUCCGCGGCAUCAUAACCGCCAUAGAGACUUAUAAGGACGCGCUCGUCCAAUACAACGUGACCAUAUUCGUGAGACGAGGUGGUCCCAACUACCAGGAGGGGCUUAGACAAAUGCGCGAGGUGGGCCACCGUCUCCGCAUCCCGCUGUACGUGUUCGGUCCCGAGGCGGAUAUGACGUACAUCGUGGGACUCGCGCUGGGACACGCGCCCAUCCCGCAGGAGCACAGGCUCGAUUACGCGCCCAAACAGCUGCCCAAACCGCAGACACCGCCGAAGCCGAAAUUGGACAUCCCCGAGUUGAGCCACAAACUCCUAGACUUGGUUUGUUCGGAAGCGCCGACGAGAUUCGAUCUAGGUGCGCAGGUUAACACCAAGGCACUGUUCACUGAUCGCACGAAGGCCAUCAUAUGGGGAAUGCAAAAUAGAGCUAUACAGGGAAUGUUGGACUUCGACUACAUAUGUCGCCGCGCGGAGCCGUCUGUGGUGGCGAUUGUGUAUCCUUUCACAGCAGACCACAAGCAGAAGUAUUACUUCGGCAAUAAGGAAGUCUUCAUACCCGUGUUCUCGGACAUGGAUGUGGCUAUGCGUAAACAUCAAGAAGCUAGUGUGCUAGUGAACUUCGCAUCGCUCCGUUCAGCUUACGACAGCACUAUGCAGGCUAUGCAGCAUCCACAGAUCAACACGGUUGUGAUAAUAGCGGAGGGGAUCCCCGAGAAUAUGACGAGGAAAAUCAUCAAAGUAGCCGACGCUAGGGGGGUGAACAUAAUCGGUCCCGCCACUGUGGGCGGCAUCAAGCCUGGCUGUUUCAAGAUAGGUAACACAGCCGGUAUGAUAGAUAACAUAGUCGACAGCAAACUUUACAGACCUGGCAGUGUGGCGUACGUGUCUCGUUCUGGUGGUAUGAGCAACGAAUUGAACAAUAUAUUGGCGAAACAUGCUGAUGGCGUGUGCGAGGGGGUCGCCAUAGGUGGAGAUAGAUACCCCGGCACCACAUUCAUAGAUCAUCUUCUGAGAUACGAGGCUGAUCCGAACGUUAAGAUGCUCGUAUUACUCGGCGAAGUCGGCGGUGUGGAGGAGUACCACGUGUGCCGAGCUAUAAGGGAUGGCCUCAUCAAGAAACCCAUGGUGGCCUGGUGUAUAGGCACUUGUUCAGACAUGUUCACGGCGGAAGUACAAUUCGGUCACGCGGGUUCGCUCGCCGGCUCAGCCCUAGAGAAGGCGGCCGCGAAGAACGCCGGCUUGAAAGCAUAUGGCGUGGCAGUGCCCGAUUCCUUUGACAGUCUAGGAAAUGCCGUCAAGCAGGUGUACCAGAAGCUGGUUAAAGAAGGCCGCAUCAUAGUGAAGGAGGAAGUGGAACCGCCUAAAGUACCGAUGGACUAUGACUGGGCGAGGAAACUGGGCUUGAUCCGCAAACCUGCCGCGUUUAUAAGCACGAUAUGCGACGAGCGAGGCCAGGAGCUGAGCUACUGCGGCGUGCCGAUCACUCAGGUGCUGGAGAGGCAGCUGGGUGUUGGUGGCACCAUCAGUCUUCUGUGGUUCCAACGGGAACUGCCCGAGUGGGCGUGCAAGUUCUUCGAGUUGGUGUUGAUAGUGACCGCGGACCACGGGCCCGCCGUGUCCGGGGCCCACAAUACGAUGGUGACCGCGCGCGCCGGCAAGGAUCUCAUAUCGAGCGUGGUCAGCGGCCUGCUCACCAUAGGCGACAGAUUCGGAGGUGCUUUGGACAGAGCGGCGGCUGAUUUCUGUGCGGCUUACGACCGCGGUCAACAUCCUCAGGAGUUCGUCAACGAGAAGAGGGCGAAGGGCGAGCUGAUCAUGGGCAUCGGACACAGAGUGAAGUCAAUCAACAAUCCGGAUAGCAGAGUGCGAGAACUGAAAGCGUUCGUGACCGCUCGCUGGCCCGCUUGGCCGGUAACGAGAUACGCGCUAGACGUAGAAGCGAUAACGACACGUAAGAAGCCGAACCUCAUUCUAAACGUGGACGGCAUAGUAGCGGCCGCAAUGGUGGAUCUGUUCAGGCACUGUUCUCUGUUCACACAAGAGGAAGGCAACUCUUACAUAAAUAUGGGCUCGAUAAAUGCAUUGUUCGUGUUGGGCAGAACGAUAGGUCUCGUCGGACAUUAUUUAGACCAGAAGCGAAUGAAACAACCUCUGUACCGUCAUCCUUGGGACGAUAUCACUUAUAUGUCGCCAUUGCAUUGAUUUUUUGUAGAUACAUUUUUAUAUGUUUUCCGAUAGAAUCUUUUGAUGGUGAAUCUGUUGUUUUUAGAGAUUUAAUGGCAUAGUUUUAUUAGAUUAGCGCUUGGGACUUGGAAUAUUCUUUUAUAGACUAGUUGUGUGUGCGAUGCAGUCAGAAUUGACUGCAUCGUACACACGUUAUAAAUGAUAUGCAGUCAUUGAUUGUGUUACUAUUUGGUUUUUAAUUAUUUUUUUAUUGCAUAUUUUUUAGUCACUCGAUGUUCCCUUUCUUACGAUGUCAGAGUUGACUGAUAUUUUUUUUUAUCCAAAUCAUCAUAUCUUUUUGAUUGGUAAUAAAAAUAAAUCUCUUACUCGCGAUAAUAUAUGAAGUGUCGGUUAUCUCACUCUCACACUGUUCGAGUCUAUAAUAAUAUUCUGAGUCUAUAACGUUUGCGACUAGACGAACAUUGUUUUAGUGAAAUAUAUGUAAUAGAAUUAUUUAUAAUCAAAUUUUACGACACAGAAAUAGAUUUUCUAGAUUAUUCGAAUUUGCAAACAGAUAUAUUUAUGAACAAAUAUCAGUACAAUGUAAAUCCUUUGUGGAAUGGGUACUUUUAACACUUAAUGUAGGACUUCUGUCGAGCUAACUUAGUUAAAAGAAACUGUUAAAUAAAUAAUACCUUAGGGCUUUUGCGCACGGAUGUUUUAACGCUUCGACAAAACGCAGAUCGCUCGAUAUAAAUACACUAUGAGUGUGACCUUGUAGCGAUUUGCUAGAAACAACCUUCGUUUUUUUUUUUUAAACCCACGAUAUACUUGAAGAAAUAAGAAAAGGGCCGUGCGUCGUCGGCCCAUUAAAGAAUCUUCGUGUGCAUAAGUCCUAAGAGGUAUACACAUUAUGUAUUGCAUUGAACAAUUCUAUCGGAAUUAGUGUGAAUUGAUAUUUCUUUAGGCGGCAGUUUUGUUUACGCUUCUGUUAUUCAAAUUUGAACUCUAUUGAAGUUCAUAUAAAUUAAUCUUCUAGCUUCUGUUGUGUAUUCAUUAUAAAAAAAUAAUAUAUUGACGUUAUAGCAGUAACAUUAUUUUGUAAUAAUCGAAUUAUUUUCUUCAAAAUCAAAUCUCAUUAUAAAUGUAACUAAAAAGAAUACAUUGUCUAGUUUUCUAUUGCUUAUUUAUAAUAGGUAAUAUGUAGAGUUAUUUUUGAUAUUUAGGACGCGUUAUCUUAAUGUAGAUAUGCCUGCGAUCCGAGUGUUUUAAUUUUCAAUUAUCAGUUCUAUUGUUUUAUUCGAACCAACUUACAAGAACAAACUGCUGCAGUUCAUUAUGAUUUUAUUUGUCAAAGUUCUAGAUAAUUUUUAAGCCAGCAGAUCUCAGUCAUAUCCAUAUUAAUGCAAACGUAAAAAUAACAACAUUAAUUGGUUUAUAUAAAGGAAGUGCUCAAAAUAUGUAGGUCAUGAUGUUUAUUUAUUUUGUUUGAUUAUAGUCGAUUUUAAUUAUGUCAUAGAUUUCUUACCCAAUAACGCUGUCGCCUUGACUUAGCGGCUAUGAGUGUUUGAAAUGAAACUCGAAGUUUGUUAUUAAUAAGACUUGACGUGUUACUUAAAUAAAUAACACGUGUGUAUAAAAUAUCUCAUUAACAUAAUAAAUUAAACAACCAUAUAAAAUAUGCCAAUAA